CAGUCAUAUUUAAAUGAAAUUAUUUAUUUGUCCUGUGCUUUUACACAAAAAGCCCGGGGUUUCUUUUUCUUUUUCUGUCAGAGGGAUUAAACUCGCCUUUUCUGGAAAACGAGUACAGAGGUAAAGAACGCCAUGUUGACACGACAACGCCAACUGGGAGGCCAAAUAGCACCUGGGAUAUAACGUUGUUCCCUUAAUGUUAUUAACGUUAUCACAAUCAACGGUCGGUCGACUCCAGACCAACUGAAAAAGACCCGCUGAUCAAUCAUACGUUCACCGCCAUUCUAGCAAAUUCAACGGUUAUAAAGCAUCGGUUAAUUAACUUGCCCAGUUUUAUUUUUCUUUUUUUUUUUUUUUUUUUUUAAAUUACAGUUAACUAAUUUACGUUAAUUCAGUUAUUUGUGUGGGUGUGAUAAAAUACUGUAAUGCCGCUGGCGCAAACAAUCCAAACUAUUGUCUUUUUUUUUUUUUUUUUUUUCGUUCUAACGGUUGGGCCUAAUCUUUUCAAGCUAACUUAGCAACAUUAGCUCGUUGGCUAACCGAAAGCCGUUGGCAAGCGAUAGAGAGGCUAAGCUAAUGGUUUUUGUUCCUGCUAAUUUGCUACUCCCAUUUGACAUUUCCUGUCGCUGUCUCGUCGAAUUACAUUUAGCGGUAACUGAGAUUGUCAAAGCAGCUUGGUUAAUGUUUUUCGAUUAGUGUUAACUAUUAAAUUAUCUUAUAAUUCGCUCUUAUAUAUUCGUUCAGUUGGUGUAAAACGUACUGCCAAGUAGCUCUACGCACUUAAAAAAUGUCCUUGAGUCGUCGUCUUUCUACCUAAAUGACACUCGUAAAAAAGCUUAUUUUAGCUCCCAAACACCCUUAGAUUAUUAGAGUGUCUUAUCCUCACGUCUUAUUGUUAAGUAAUAUUUAAAAUAUUGAUUUUUUUUUAAUGUUAUCGACUAAUCUGUGUUUGCAGUAGCUAGCUAGCGUUUGUGCUGCCUGCUUUGGUCAUGGAUAUUUGUCUAACAUAUCACUUUUAUUCACAGUCGUGCCCACACUGACUCGUCCCAAACAUCCACAAAAGUCCCCCCAAAAAAAGAAAUGUGUAAAACGUCUGCAAAGCAUCCCAGAAGUGUUUCAAGUCAAACACAAAGUUCCCUUUUUCCACAGUCCCCAGUUGGCAAAAUUUGCUCUAUGUUACCCAGUUGGCCCCACUUCCAAAUCUCACAGACCCCACUAGUGUCCCUAAAAAGGUCAGGGAAAAACCGUUUUCAAUGGUUUUGAGUGCAAAAUGUGAAGAAAACCUGUCACAGCCGGAGGAGGGAGAGCUGGAGGAGGGCGAGUUGGAAGAUGAUGGGGGAGAGUUGGAGGAGGAGGAGGUGGGUGGAGGUACGUCUGCAGCAGUAGGAGCCAGAGAUGGGGGCGAGGAAGCAGGCGGAGGAGGUGAAGCAGGAGGGGAAGGGGCAGCGGAGAGGCCUCAGCGAAGUAAGGAGCGCCAUGCCAGCAGCAAUUCGGACGAUGAGAGGUCCCACCGUCGCAAGAGGAAGAGGAAGAAAGAGAAGGAGCGAGAAAGGGAGAAGAGGAGGGCCAAGAAGAAACGCAAAUCCAAACACAAACGUCAUGCAUCCUCUGAUGACGACCACUCAGAAUUCAGUGACGACUCUGACUACAGUCCCAGUGAGAAGAGGAAGUACAGAGAGUACAGUCCACAGUACCCCCCUCCUACUCACGGGGGCUACGGGGGCUCAAAGAAAGGCAGCUACAUGAAGAUGGACAAGCAGAGCUACGGAGGCUACGAUGAGUAUGAAGAAGACAACUUUGAGGGAGAGGAAGAGGAGGAUAUGGUGGAAGAAGACUAUGACGACUUCACUAAAGAGCUCAACCAGUACCGCAAGGCCAAGGAGGGAGGAGGCGGGCGCGGUGGACGAGGGGGUAGAGGUCGUAUGAAGAACCAGAGAGGUCGUGGAGGAAUGAGGGGAGGGAGGAGGGGAAGAGGUGGAAGCAGAGGAAGAGGAGGUGGAGGUCGAGGUGGAGGAGUAAAGAUGGGAGGGGACAACGACGAUGGAGACGGCUAUGGAGAUGAGAUGGAGGGAAGUAAGCCUCAAGAAGUCACUCAGGUGAAAUCUUACUUACAGUAUGGAGAGGACGACUAUGACAACAUCGGGGAUGAUGAAUACGAUGACUACUCAAAAGAACUCAAUCAGUACAAAAAGUCCAAAGACAGAGGCAGAGGAGGUAAAGGUGGCCGCGGACGAGGGCGGGGUAAAGGAGGGCGUGGUAUGAUCAGAGGAGGAAGGGGUCGAAACCGCGGGAGAGGAAGAGGUGACAUGGGGAUGGAUGAUGACAACAAUGGAGACAUGGACAACGGGGACGGAGGUGGAGGGUGCGAUGGACCAGGAGUUGGCAGGAGGAAUCAGAAUGAGAAGCAUCAGGAUAAGAAAGGAAAGGCCAUCUGCAAGUACUACAUCGAGGGGAGAUGCACCUGGGGGGACCACUGCAACUUCAGCCACGACAUCGAGCUGCCCAAGAAGAAGGAGCUGUGCAAGUUCUACAUCACUGGAUUUUGCGCCCGAGCCGACCACUGUCCUUACAUGCAUGGUGAAUUUCCCUGUAAGUUGUUCCACACCACAGGGAACUGUGUCAAUGGCGACGAAUGCAUGUUCUCCCAUGAAGCCCUCAAUGAUGACACCCAGGAGCUGCUCAACAAGAUGCUGGCAGAGGAUGCAGAGGCCGGAGCUGAGGAUGAGAAGGAGGUGGAGGAGCUGAAGAAGCAGGGGAUCAACCCUCUCCCCAAACCCCCUCCUGGAGUUGGCCUCCUCCCCACCCCUCCUCGGCCUGUUCCUAUAGACACCAACACCGGGCCUGGGGAUUUUGGCGGGCCUGUGCCGGGUGACUUUGGGGGUCUUCCUGGACCUAACCAGGGGCCCAUUCCCAACAAAGAUCCCCCAGGACCAGGGCCUGUUCCUGGGCCUAACCCCUAUGCUGGCCCCCCUGUCCAUUGCCCAGAAGGAGGUCCGUUCCAAGGCGGGCCCCCAAAUCCCAAUUGCCCUCCUCCACACAUGGGCCCCCCACCUCCCUGUGGUGGAGGGGGAGGUGGCGCGGGGAAGAAAAUCCCCUCAUUGUUUGAGAUUAAAGUUCAGCCGACAGGACAGCUGGCCCAGAAACUGGCCGUCAGGAGCCAGACCCCCACUGGCAACCAGGUUCAGACUGCAGCGCCUGGACCCCAAGGGGCCCCUGGUGGCCCUCCCCCUCGCUUCCCUCCCCCCCCAGGCAUGAUGUCCCCUGACAUGCAGAACAUGGGACCCAACCUUGGGAUGAACCAGGGGCCCCCCAACAUGGGUCCCGGUGGACCGCCCAUGAUGGGAGGAUUUGGCGAUGGCCCACAUGGAGGUGUGAUGCCUCCAGGUCCUCCUCAGGGUGGAGGAAACUUCUUUAAUAACUUCUUCAAUCAGCAGGAUGGAAUGAAGAUGGAAGGAGUGAUGGAAGAAGGUGACAAUUACCAGGGUUUUUCUGGCAUGGACGAGAGAGGAGGGGCAGGGAAAUUUGGUCCGUCAGGUGGCCAAGAAGGCUCUGCUAAUGGAGCGUCGGCCAAUCAGGGAGGGAUUUCUGUGCCUGACUUCCUGCCUCCGGCGCAGCGUGUCCUGUUCAUGAGGAUCCAACAGAAGCAGCAGGAAGAAGAGGAAAGAGCUCGCAGGAUGGCCGAGGGAGGAGCAGAGAAGAGUAGAGACACUGAAGGUGACUCAGGGAACUGGUACUCCAGUGAGGAUGAGGAUGGCGGUGGUAGUGUGACCUCGAUCUUGAAGACACUCCGUCAGCAGACCCAGGCCCCUCAAAAAUCUGACGGUCCCCCGAUCGACCCUCGCCUCCUGAAGGCCCCUCCUGCCAACACUCCGGCUCGGCCAGCAGACCCCCGCUUGGCUCGGGACCCACGCCUGGCACGUGCUUCAGACUCGGCCGACUCCACCCACUCCAUGCCCCCAUCUUCUGGACCGCCUGCAGACCCCAGGUUAGCCCGGCUAACGGCUGCUGCCUCAGCUGGAUCCAGCUCCCUCUCGCCUCCUGCUCCUAAAGCAGAGCCUCCUCUGGUCUACAAGCCGCCGCCGCUUACAACCCCGGCAGCGGACGAGGAGGAGACAGAGCGAGUUCUACGGGACAAGCCGGUACCAAUUCCCCUGGACCCGCUCAUGGGUAUGGCUCUGAGAGAUCCACGCUCACAGCUGCAACAGUUCAGCCACAUUAAGAAGGAUAUUCUCCUCCACAUGCCGGCCUUCUCCAAAACCAUCACCUGGUCGCCUGAAGAUCUACUCCCUCUCCCUAUCCCCAAGCAGGACCUCCUUCCUCUCCCACCAGGCAUCCCUCCUGUAUCCUCCAUAGACCCGCGCCUGUCCCGCACUCAGCCGCCCCUCCACACACCGCUCCCUCACUCACAGCCUCCCCCCGUACAGCCUCCUCCCUCCAUGGACCCCCCGGCUCCCUCUUCUUCCACUUCUUCCCUCCCAGACUUUGAGCUGCUUUCUCGUAUACUGAAGACUGUCAACUCCAGCCCGUCCCAGACUCCCUCCCCUCCUCUCUUACCUACUCCUAUUCCCCCUGUGUCGCUGCUGGGUCCACCUCCCCCGGUGCCUCCCGCACCUGUAGAAAAGCCUGUUGACCCCCGUGUGGCCCGUAAAGUCCCUACAGACCCCCGUCUUCAACCUCAAAAGUCAGCACUGAAGCAACCUUCAGAUCCCACUCCUCCUCCUGUCGCCUCUACCUCUCCAGCAACAACAUCUAGCUCCUCCCCCACUACCAUUGCCCCCUAUGACCCAAGGCUGCUCUCCUCAGGUGGAGCAGGGCGCGGUGUGGGAGCUGUGGCACCAGGGGGAGCCAGUGUGCUGAGCAGCAUCAGUCUAUAUGACCCUCGGACUAACAAACCAGCCAGCCCUGGUACCAGCAGCGGCUCUAACAAUUCCCCCAACUCAGCCAGCACAGAGUCUAAACCCAGUGAAGCGGCACCCACGACGGCUAAACCCAAGUCCAAGGAACCCCUGUUUGUUCGUAAGUCUGCGUUGGACCAACCAGAGCCAGAGAAAAGUGUUGAGCAAGGGACCGAUAGAUACAACAGCUAUAACAGGCCUCGGCCCAAACCUGCACCCUCACCGAACUCCACAGCUCAGGGAGGGCCCGCUGCAGCCGGGUCAGCUGCAGCCGGGGGUCAGGGAGCUCCUGGAGCUGCUGCGGAUCAGGGACCGGCUGGUGUCCACAACCUACCGGUGUCCACUCUGUUCGGCGUGGUGAAGCAGGCGGCCAAGCCCGGUGGGACAAGUAGUCCCUUUGGAGGCAGCAGCCCGGUGCAGUCGGAACAGGCGACCACGGAGGACAACGGCUCGCUGAAGGAGGUUUUCAAAGGCUUUGACCCGACAGCCUCCCCCUUCUGCCAGUGACCCCCCUCCACCACCAUUAACAGGGUGGGACCGUUGGCUUGUUUUAACAUUUUUGGACACUGAACAGAUGAGUGAAAAUGAGAAAGAAGCGCACUGAGGCAACUGCCUGUAAGACUGUUUAAGAAGACAAACUUUUGUGACAAACUGAUGUCUCACAAUGUGUUUCAUGUACACACACACACACACACACACACAGAGUGCUGCAGAUUCAGAUUCUAUAAAAGACUUUGGGUUAUGGGAAGGGUUUAAAGUUAAAUCUCUAAAGCUCUAUUUUAAACAGACUUAUUGAUGUAUAAAUAAAUGUAUUCUCUUCAUCUCAAUGCUUAACGAAAACAGUUAUUCUGACAGCAGCAAAAAAACAUUUAUAUGGAAUGAACAUUUUAGCUUCACAUCUUAUUUCAUUAUCCUCAUUCAUUUCAGUUCCUCUGCUCAAUUCUUUUGUACAUUUUCUCCUCAUCUUUAAACUGUUUUAUGUGCUUUCUCUGUAUUUUUGGGGCAGUCAUAGUCGACUAUGCUCCUGGCAACAGAUGAAAUGAUACAUGUCACUUUUUUCCCGACAAGAAAUUGCUUAUUUGUGGUGUUUUUUGUGAAUAAGUGAACGGCACUGAGGCAACUUCUUUAACAUUGUUGCCCAUCAGAAACAGAUCAUCCUCUAUAUCACUGCCUUUUGCAUUUACUGUCAUCUUCAACCCCCCCAUGCAAGCUGUUCAGUUAUGUUGAACAAUAGCAUACAUUUUGUCAUUAUCACUCACUAUGUCACAGUUUCUGCAGGAACAGUUGCAAAUACUUAAACUUAAAUCUAUAUUCUGCUUUUUUUUUUUUUUUAGUAUUUAUUUUUCUACUUCUUUGCACUGUCAGUUUGUGUCCUCUGAGGGCUGUAUUAAUGUUUUUAAUGUCUGUAGCUCCUCCAGCUGUUCAUAUACUGUUUAAUUUCAGGUAUUUAGCUCUUACCCAAAACAGGUAACUUUGCUGGUACAGGAAGGGACCUGUGACCUUUCAGUACUGCCUCUCUAACCACUACGCCACUGUUGUUCCUCUCCCCCCCAACCCUCAUUUACUUACAGUUUUCACGUAAACAUUUUGUUGUUUGUUUCGGUUUGUGAAGAUGGAGAGCCUCAAGUUCACAAAUGACAGCUUCUGUAGCUUUAAGGUAGAAGAGAAAAUAGACCUCGCUGGUCGGACUGAUGUACAAACACAUCCCUCUCUGGCACAUUUUAGCUGCAGCAUCAAUAGGGAACAUUAAAAAAAGUUUGGUUUUUUUCUCUGCUGAAAAGGUGAUCUCAACGUUUGAUGAUUUCAAAGUCAGCCUUUGUUGGUUAACAUUUACCUUCUUACCUUUUUCCACCUUGAUCAGAAUAAAACACUUUGAUUCACUGACUCAGAACUCACCAUCUAGCCUUUUAGCUUUUAGUUGUUUUGUUUUAUUAAAUGUUGAGUUAAGAAUGAAAAGAGAACUUACAAGACAGGACUGCAGAUUUCUGCGAGUGGUUGGUGAAAUGGAAUAAUUUGCCGCCUUUACGGCAGCGUUUUGGCGUUAGUGGCUGGUGACCGUGUGACAAUCAUAAACUAGACUUGGACCUAAAAAUUUAAUGAAUGCAUGAAUCUUGCAUUGAUCUGUGCGGGUGCUCCCUCUACUGUCAGCCUGAGCUCUGCAUAAAGAAGACCAUGGCAUCCAAAUUUCAGAUCUUAACAUGAUCUGUGUUUAAAAAACAAACAAAACAAAAAUAAUCAGUACAGACUGAACGUGGUUUUCUCUCUCAGGCUUGCAGCAAAAAAAAAAAGUGCACACUUCAUGGUGGAAAAGUUGAUUUGAGAGGGAUUCACAGUUUAAAAUGUUUAGAUAUUUCCUCUACAACACCCCCCCCCCUUCCUAGUUUCUAUCCCUUACAAUAAACAGUUAAAGUCAGUGCAGCAUCUGAAUCAGGGUGAGGAUAAGCGAGUUGUUCCCGUUUUUGCCUGAAAAGUAGUGGAGCUUAAAGAAGUCUUUUGAGUUCCAGAAGGUUAAGAUUGUACAACAGCUGUCAAGAUUGUUGACCGUCUUGUGUAUAAAUGUUGAUCAUUUUAAUUUAUUUUUUUAUACUUGAGGUAAAUAUACUUCCUCACUUGACAUUUUUGAACUGAAUCAUUUUAUAUGUCAGGAAAUAUGUGAUUACCGCUCACCUCAGUGGGAUGUGUAGGCAGCCUGUGACAGUGUGAAGAGAGGAGAAAGACAUAUUUUUUUAUUUGGUUUCGUGUAUGAAGAUUCAAACUAACAAAAAUUCACUAUGGCUCCCUCCUGCCAGGUCAUUAAAAAAAAAAAAGCCUGUUUGGGAGGCUGAGUUUCAGCUAUAGCAAGUGUGAGAGUUAUUGUUGAUUUGUUAUUUCCUUUAUGGCUUUGUUGUUUUAUAAGUUAGUUUUUCCUCUUGCUAUGUAAAUUUGACCAGUACCCUGUCUUUGGAGGAGUGGAGUUUUCUAACUGUACACUGUAGGUGAGGUUGUCAAAAGUAUUUAAAUAAAGUUGAUACAUGAUCAACCAGUUAAAACUUAGUUUUCUGUAUUUUUAUUACCUCAGUUGAUUCAUUUUCUAACUGUCACGAUUGUUGUAAGCUAAAUCAAAAUGAAUAUAUAUAAUGAAGACCUGUCCUCAGGCGUCAUCCUCAGACCAAACAUCACAUUUUUGCCCUACUUGCAGUCAGGAACUAAGAAGAGUCUUUUAUCCACACAAGAAUUUUUAUAUCUGCUGUGUAACAAGUAUCACAGCCUCACAUUGACACUAGUGAGGCUAUAAACUUCUAAUCUUGUUAUUGUUACAGUCGUAUGCUGAUGUUGACAGCAGAAGCAGCUUAAGUUGUAAAAGCUACUAUUUCUGUCGUCAUAGCAAACUAAAAUAAAAAGCUUUUGUUUGAA